AUGCAGAAGAAACAGCGUGAAUAUGCAGAUGUGCAUGGAGAAAAGAAGAACCGAAGGAAGGUGGGACUCCUUUGGAAAAAGAAGCCAGUUAGGUGCCCGCCAGCCGCGUGCUUUUCGGGAAGAAGAGGAAAUGGCGGGGGGGGGCGGCCGGGGCCACGGCGGCCCCGCAGGGCGAGGACCCCUACGACCCCCCUCUCCUUCGGGAGGGACCUGCUGGCCAGCGGCGCGGUGGCCGCCGUCCCCAAGAUGGCGGUGGCGCCUGUCGAGCAGGUGGAGCUGCUGCUGCGGCUGCAGGCCUUGUCCAAGCAGAUCUGGGCAGACCAGCGGUGCAAGGGCACGGUGGACUGCUUCGUGCGCAUCCCCGGGGAGCAAGGGUUUUUCAGCUUUUGGCAUGGCAAUUUGGCAAAUGUUAUACGGUAUUUCCCAACACAGGCUCUAAACUUUGCUUUUCAGGACAAAUACAAGCAGAUUUUUACAUCCAAAGUGGAUGAAGAAAAACAGUUCUGGAAAUGGUUUUUGGCAAAGCUGGCUUCUGGCGGAGCAGCAGGAGCAACAUCCAUGUGUGUGGCAUACCCGUUAGACUUCACGCGAACUAAUUUAGCUGCUGGUAUUGGGAAAGGUGCUGCUGAGCGACAGUUCCAGGGACUUGGUGACUGUAUUAUUAAAAUUGCAAAGGCAGAUAGACUUACUGGCCUGUACCAGGGUUUUGGCGUUUCCAUAAAGGGAGUCAUUGUAUACCGAGCCUCCCAUUUUGGGUGUUAUGACACCAUUAAGGGAUUAUUGCCAAAUCCAAAGCAAACUCCAUUCAUUGUUUCCUUUUUUGUUGCUCAAGUUGUGAUUACUUGCUCAGGAAUGCUGUCUUACCCUUUUGACACUGUCAGGAGGCACAUGAUGAUGCAUGCAGGUACCACUGAACAUCAAGCUAAAGGAACCAUUGACUGCUUUAUGAAAGUAUACAAUUGAGAGGGGCUUAGUGCUUUCUUCUGCGAAGCAUUCUCCAACAUCCUUCGUGGAACAGGAGGUGCCUUAGAGCUAGUUUUUUACGACAAAAUUAAGGACUUUUUAAUCUUGAUGUUUCAGAGAGUUCAGGAUCUGAUUAAAAUAGUGAGUGAACAUCUAUUGUUUGUACAGUGUUCAUGACAGAAUUCUCAUUGUUUGCAUAGCAUAUUUUUAGUUUAAAUGUUAUACAAACAAUACUUUUAAGAAAUUAUUUGUUGGAUGUUUUUGUGACUAAGCAUGUACUAAAUUAAAUAAGUUGUUAUGAGGGAACUAAAGAGCACUGUCUUCAUUCAAGAAACGAAUCCAAGAAAAUACUUGCCUCUUGUUUAAAAUUCUAAAUGUUUCAAUUUUAUUCAUACUAAAUGUUACACAUCUUGAAUUUUAAAUUAGGGCAGGUACAUGAGUACGUUUGGGUAGCAGCAGUUUCCCUAGGCUGUCA